AUGGAUAGUAUACCAGAAUAUCGAAAAUGGAUGUAUAAUCGAUUGUUGCCCGGAAAGAGAGGAUACACUGAUGAGUUUUUAGCUGGUGUUGAGGAAUUUGUUAAUUAUGCAUGCACACUUCCAGUAUACGAGUCGACAAAUACAAUUAGAUGUCCAUGUAGUAAAUGCAAGAAUAGAGUACACCUAUCUGCUGAUGAAGUCCGUGUUCACUUGUAUAGGAAAGGAUUUGAACCAUGUUAUUGGGUAUGGACGUGUCACGGUGAACCUGUCCCCACAGUAAAUGAACAAUUUCUAGAGACACGUAAUGAAAACAAUCAAUAUGAAACGUUGGUGUUUGAUGUAGGUGGUUCAUCAUUUAUUCCAUUUAAUGUGCAAUAUAACCAAGAAGAAGAUCCACAUACAAGUGCACAAAACUUUUAUGAUUUAUUAAGCACUGCUAGGCAACCUUUAUCCCCUACUUGUGCUGAGGAAACAGAGUUGUCAUAUGCGCUGAAGAUGAUGAAUAUAAAGGCAACAUUUAACAUUCCGCAGCUAGCAAUGGAUCAAAUAUUUGAGUACAAUAAGCAUAUAAUGGGUCCAGAUAAUCGUGUACCAUCUAGGUAUUACGAUUCAGGGAAAUUGAUUUCAAAGCUUGGUCUUGCUCAUGAGAAGAUUGAUUGUUGUGUUAAUAGCUGCAUGUUAUACUAUAAGUCUAAUAUCAAUGACAGGCAGUGCAAGUUUUGUGGUGAGCCUCGUUUUAAACCAAGUCCACCUACUAGUACUCGUGGGAAAGAAGUGCCCAAUAAAAUGAUGUAUUAUUUGCCUCUCAUUCCUAGAUUGCAGCGAUUGUAUGCCUCACCUAGUUCUGCUGAGCAUAUGCGGUGGCAUUAUGAAAAUCGCCGCCAACCAGGUGUUAUGUGUCAUCCUUCUGAUGGUGAGGCAUGGAAACACUUUGAUAGCCAAUAUCCUGACUUUGCAGCAGAUCCUCGGAAUGUCAGACUAGGUUUGUGUGCUGAUGGCUUUUCUCCAUUUGGUUUAAAUGCUAAAUCAUAUUCUUGUUGGCCAGUUAUGGUUGUUCCAUAUAAUCUUCCACCUUCAAUGUGUAUGACUCCCCCAUAUACAUUUUUAACUUGUAUUAUUCCUGGGCAGCACAACCCAAAGGCCAACAUUGAUGUGUAUCUACAGCCUUUAAUUGAUGAGCUUCAAUUGUUAUGGGAGACAGGAGUGUUAACUUAUGAUGUCUCGUUAAAGCAAAACUUUAUGAUGCGAGCUAUGUUGAUGUGGACCAUUAAUGACUUUCCUGCUUAUGGUAUGUUAUCUGGAUGGCAAACCGCAGGAAAACUAGCAUGUCCUUAUUGCAAUCAUUGUACUAAAUCUUUUUAUUUAAAGAAUGGGCGUAAGACAUGUUGGUUUGAUUGUCAUCGACAAUUUCUUCCAAUGGAUCACCCCUUUAGAAAAAAUCGUGAUUCUUUCAUCAAACAAAGGGUAGAGAAGUCAAGACCCCCGAGGAUUUGGACAGGUGAAGAAUUGUUGGCUACUGUGCUGAUGUUUCCAAAGAUUACUGAUGGCCCAAUCGGUCGACUUGAAGGGUUUGGAUGUUCACAUAAUUGGAAGAAAAGAAGUAUCUUUUGGGAUUUACCAUAUUGGAAAGAUAACAUCCUUCGUCAUAACCUGGACGUAAUGCAUAUAGAGAAGAAUGUGUUUGAUAACAUCUUCUACACAGUUAUGGAUGUUAAAGGAACAAGGAAAAACAAAGACUCACCUGCUGCUCGCUUGGAUAUAAAGGAUUUAUGUUCCAGGCCACGGUUAGAAUUGGUGGAACAUAAUGGGCGAUAUCUUAUGCCAAAGGCGCUACAGUUUGAGCCGAGAUCAUCAAAUUGCUGUUUAUGA